AAUAAGUAGGGGUGGGGGGGAAGUAAACAGAAAUAUUUGUCCUGUUUUUGAUGUUAAACUCGUUCCUUGAAAUACCAGUUUUGGUUACAGGAAUCUCUGAGUAGAUGAUAUCUUAAGUUGUUAAAAGAAACGGGAAAUAGAUGAUAAUCAGGACAAAUAAAAAAGAAUGGGAAGAAACAUUGUUAUAUUUCUUGUUGGUUUACUUGCUGUUUUGUCUACCUAUAUAAUAUCAUGGAGGAGAGGGACGAAAGUAGCGGACAAACUUUUAGAGGAAUAUGACUAUAUUGUCGUUGGGGCAGGAUCAGCCGGUUCCGUGCUUGCCUCAAGGUUAUCGGAAGAUCCGGAAAACUCGGUUCUUCUUCUAGAAGCUGGCGGAGACGAUAUGGGUGAUAUAAUGUUGUCUACCCCAUUUUUAUACGCACUCCUUCAACAUUCUAAAUAUGACUGGGACUUAUAUACAGUUAAACAAGAUAACAGUUGUUUGGGUCAUAAGGAAGAGAAAGCAUUUUGGCCACGAGGGAAAUGUUUAGGCGGAAGCAGUAAUCUGAACGGUAUGGCUUAUGUUCGUGGCAGUAGACAUGAUUUUGAUGAGUGGGCGUCCAUGGGGUGUGAAGGCUGGGCAUAUGAUGAUGUUCUACCAUACUUCCUUAAAUCAGAAGAUAUUCUUAUUGAUGAUCUAAAAGAUUCAAAAUAUCAUAAUACGGGAGGUAUGUUGCCAAUAACUUACAACAACAUUACGUCAUUAUCUGACACAAUAUCUGAGGCUGGAGCAGAGAUAGGAUAUAUGACAAAAGAUUGCAACGGUGCUGACAUGAUAGGUAUAUGUCACAUACAAGGAACGGUUACAGCGAACGGACUUCGUGCGAGUACAUCAAGAAGUUUUAUCUGGCCAGUCAUGUAUAGAAACAAUCUACAUAUAUCAUUACAUUCACAUGUUCAAAAGGUUCUUAUAGAAAACAAGAGAGCAAUUGGUGUGUCUGUGAUAAAAAAUAACGAGACAUUGACAGUGAAGGCAAGGAAAGAAGUUAUUUUGUCAGCCGGUACUGUAAUGUCCCCACAGAUUCUCAUGUUGUCUGGUAUUGGUCCGAAAACGCAUUUAGAAGAUAUCGGGAUCAAAGUUAUUGCUGACUUACUAGUCGGACAAAACUUACAAGAUCACCUCUAUGUUGGCUUAUCGUGUACUACAAACACAACUGAUCUCUUUUCAAAUUCAAAGAUUUCUCUGCUGUCUAGUAUUCUAGAGUACCUAUGGAAUGGAAAAGGUUGGCUUCGGAACACUGGCAUUCUUAAAGAUUUAGCGUUCUUUCAACUUGAUGAUGAAAUAAGAAAGAUCAGACCUGGUCAACCGGACGUACAGGUACACUUCGUACCCCUGUUGGUAGAAAAUAGUGACGAUGAAGUAAAACAGUUGCUGACCUUCAAUGAUGAGACUUGGGAGUACCUCGAUAGUUUAAAAGAAAGCAGCGAUGGGAAGCUAGGAUUUUCUGUCGCUGUUACUGAUUUACAUCCAAGAAGUCGUGGUGAAAUUAAACUUAAUAAAAGCGACCCAUUUGGAGUCCCGAUAAUCAUUCCAAACUACCUCCAGCAUCCAAACGACAUUAAAAUGCUUAUUAAAGGAAUAAAAGAAACUAUUCGACUUCUUAAAACAAAAGCAAUGAGGAGUAUUGGAGUGAAUAUUGAAGACAAAAACAGGGCAUAUCCAAAGUGUGCACAUCACGGGUUUCUUUCUGACUCUUACAUUGAAUGUAUCAUCAGGCAUUUUGGAACUACAAUGUACCACCCAACAUCUACUUGUAAAAUGGGUAGAACGGAAGACCCGACAACAGUUGUUGAUAAUAAACUCAGGGUAAAAGGUAUCCAAGGUUUACGAGUAGCAGACGCCUCUGUGAUGCCAAAAGUAACUUCCGGUAACACAAACGCCCCAACGAUCAUGAUUGCGGAGAAAGCAGCCGAUCUUAUCAGAAACAUCGAUUCCGUCUCAGAAAUUCGUAGAAAGUUGAAAAAUGUUUAAGUGUUAAGUGUAAAAACAUAAGUGAUUUCCUUUUAUGGAUUUAACGGAACACCUUCAAGUAUCAAAGCACCUCAGAAAAAUCCAAGGAAUGUAGUAGCGUGAUAAAAACAACAUUUAUUGUACUUACGUAUUUAUUGCUUUCACUAGACCUGAUAGUUCUUGACGAAUUUGUGAUAUGAUAUGUGCCAGUUAUUACAUAUAUAGAUUGUUUGUAGCGCUUGUGGUUCUAAGCCUAUUUCCUUUACUGAAUUGCAUCUGAUGUCUUUUUCUGCAUGCCUAGUUUGAUUGUAAACGUAUAUUAGGAUAAAAUCAAUCUUUAUAAAGAAAUGAAAGUUGUAUCAAAAUAAGAAAAUGUCAGAUAUUUGUGCACAAUAAUGAUGUGUUUAAAGAUUUAGUUAUAUCAGCUGUUAGCAGUAGCUUAUAAAUAUAUACACAUUGCGCAUGCUUAGUAAGAUGUCAUGCCAGCGUCUCGAUGUUAAGGAUUUGGAAAAUAAACUUAAUCUUUUAUAUUA